UUUGGAAAGGAGCAGCUGGGACCAAUGACGAGACAGAGCUGGGUGUCACAUGAGGCAGCAGCCAAUGGGAGGGAGAGCAGGCAGCCGGGAGAUUUGGGCUCGGUACGGCUGUUUGUCCGGGCAAUCAAUCGUUCCUAGAGAGGGCGGGAUCUCUUUGUAUGCUGCAGGAAGUACUGAUCCAUUGUAUACACAUGGACUCUUUAGGGGAGUGAGGCGGGGUGUUAUCUCCCAUAGCAACCAGCAGAUUUGGGUCCUGCUGUGAACAGUUGGCUGUCGCCCUCCUGCAGCCAUUGGAUAUCGGAUAUUUGGUUGCUCCUGUGUAUGGCCCGUCCUCUGCACCAUCUCAUCAUGUGGUUCCCACCUGGCCAGGAUCUGACUGCUCAUGCCUGCCAAGAAGCGGACUGCUUGUAACCCGCGGAAAGGACGCCUCACCUUUCUGGAGAGCCCCCAGAAGGGUUCCAUUCAUGAGUAUGGCACGGCUCCACCCAAGGCAGAAAACCCCAUAUGUGUGCCCACCAAGCCCCUGGAUGACAUCGCAUCCACUUCUUGGGUGUCUCCACAAUUUGAUCAGACUGUAGAACUGCAUUUCCCAGCACGACGUCGCCUCCGCCACACAUCCUCCAACACCACUAUACAGAGUCGCCCUGGAGACACGAGUCGGAAUGCACUCAGAGCGGCAACAAGGAAACAGAGUGUCUGUAAAUUUCCUUUGUUAUCGUUUACCAGUCAGAACUCGACUAGUGUAAUACAAACUCAGUCAUUCUGUGCCAGGAGGAGGCCCAAGCAAAAGCUGGUUUUGCAAACCCCCAUGCCAGAAUCCCCUCAACGUUCAUGUGAUAACACUGCAAGCCCACCAGAUAUAAGGACUCCAGAUGCAAGUCCGGCACAAACGACAACGCUGGCGCCUGCCACAGCUGGCUUGCCAACACCAGUCUCCAGGAGAGACACCACACAGGACGUAGCCAACACCCCCCAGGGGAGCAGGCAGGUGCUGGCAGAGGAUACCCCAGAGCAUGAGUACGGGGUCCGUGUAACGUGGAGGAGACGACAGGGACUAAAGAAAUACUUAGAAUCGAGGGGCAGGCUACAAAGUAGCCAGGUCCAGGUGAAGUUGUAAGAUUCAAACCUUUGUAAAUAGAAUUUACGAUCUCCUGGUGAUGAAAUAGAAAUGACUAGGAAUACUAAUGUUAACAAAAAAUUAUAUUAAAUUUACAAAAGCACUUGAUUUCUAAACUA